AAAUCAGCCUUUUCCAGCAAAUACCCAAUCUUGACUUUUUCUACUAUCAUCAAAAAAAUCCUGACUUUAUCUAUUUUUUUUCUCUUUUCUUUUUGGCUAGGUCCCAAUUGCCACUUGACGUUUCUUUCAAAUUUUAGCCCUUUCAAACCCAUCCCCAUGUGAUCUAAGCUUUCAACUCUUCUUUGGCCACCCUCGUCUAUCCAAGUAUCUUUUUUUUUUUUUUUUUUUAGAACUUUAAAAAGUUUGAUUUUUUGGGUUAUUCAUCGGUUACUACUCUGCACAGACAUUGCCAGUGGAGCAAAUCUAAGUUCUUUCUUAUCCAUCUACGUGCUUCAAAAAGCAGAACUUCAAGAGCAAAUUGGAAAAACACCCAGAAGCUGAUCUUGAUGGAUGUACAACUCCUUCCAAUUAUAUGAGUACCAUGAGGGAUUUUCCUUCUUGCUUUGGUGAAAAUGGUAUUCAAGUUGCUGAUUCUUCAUCAAGUACCAGUAAAAAUGCUCAAAACUUGGUUACCUGUGUUUAUCAGUGUAAACUACGGGGUCGUUUAUGCUUGAUUGUUGUUACAUGGACCAAGACUCUGAUGGGUCAAGGCCUUAGCAUUGGGAUUGACGAUUCAGCCAAUCAAUGCCUCUGUAAGGUUGAGAUAAAACCAUGGUUGUUCUCUAAGAGAAAAGGUUGCAAAAACUUAGAGGUGGAUUCUAGUAAAAUUGAUAUAUACUGGGACUUAACUAGUGCCAAGUUUGGUUCUGGUCCGGAGCCAUUAGAGGGGUUCUAUUUAGCUGUAACUUUUAAUCAAGAAAUGAUUCUCCUUCUUGGGGACUUGAAAAAGGAGGCAUAUAAGAAGAUUGAACUAGACCCUGUUCGUUCCAAUGCUAUUUUUAUUGCUAAGAGAGAGCACAUAUUUGGGAAGAAAUUUUAUGGAGCCAAGGCUCAAUUCUGUGAUAAGGGGCAGAUACACGAUGUCAUAAUUGAGUGUGAUACUGUGGGGCUCAAUGAUCCGAGCCUUGUGAUCCGCAUCGAUAGCAAGGCGGUGAUGCAGAUCAAGCGGCUAAAAUGGAAGUUCAGAGGCAACAGCACUAUUUUGGUUGAUGGUCUUCCAGUUGACGUAUUCUGGGAUGUUCACAAUUGGCUCUUUGGUAAUGCCUUGGGCAAUGCAGUUUUCAUGUUCCAAACUACCCUCUCGGCCGAGAAGUUAUGGACCAGCCAAUCUAUAUUCGAUCCUUCUGUAUUCAGUUGGUCUUAUUCUCAGCAAGUGAGAGAUUCUCAAUCACAAGGUUUGGGUUUCUCGCUGAUAUUGUAUGCUUGGAAGACUGAAUAGAUAUAUAUAUAUAUAUAUAUAUAUUCUGUUUCGAGUGUUGACAGAUACUUAUAAUGUUGCUUUUGAUAAAAAGAUUGAUCGGUACAGUAAAUGCAAGUAAAAAAAAAAAAAAAAAAAGGUUUGCCUCUUUUCUUUGCA